AACCAUGUAGCAGUCUUCAAACCAGGCGACGAAGAGCCUUACGCUGAAAACAAUCCCCGAGGCUACCUCCAACAACCCGGGCAACACUUAUCUUUGCGAGAAGGUAUUGCUCCUGGGGAAGCCUGCAUUCGAGAAGUGGCAGCGUAUCUCUUAGAUCACGAUGGCUUUAGUGGAGUUCCCAUGACGACCCUCGCAGAAGCCCGCCACCCAGCCUUCAACAUAAAUGGCGCUCGUUUAAAGGUCUCCGAAGGCGGGGCGUCUGCUGGCUCCUUUCAAGAGUUUAUUCGUUGCGAAUGUACGAUGGAUGAUCUAAGCCCCAGUAAAAUUACAGCAGAAGAGAUUCAUAAGAUUGCGAUUUUGGAUAUUCGGGUAAUGAACGCCGACCGUAAUUCCGCCAACCUCUUGUGUCGACGACUUCCGGACAACACCCUUGUGCUCGUUCCCAUUGACCACGGGUACUGUCUGCGAUCCGUUUGUGAUGUUUCAUGGAUGGAUUGGUGCUGGUUGGAUUGGCCACAGAUGAAAGAGCCGUUGAGUGACAAAUCCAAAAUGUACAUUCUCAAUCUUGAUAUUGAAGCGGAUGCUCGACUUUUGCGUGAGCGCCUCAGCAUUUGUGAAGACGCAAUUGACAAUUUUCGUGCAUCUUCCCUAUUGCUGAAGGCCGGCGUCAAAGCAGGUCUUACGUUGUACGAUAUUGCUAUCAUGUGUUGUCGU